CGCCGCCCUUCUGCUGUCCUGCGUGGCUGCUUAUGCGCAACGGCACGGCACGGGCGGCGAUAUGAUCCGCAUCCGCGCGCCGGCGCCGACGCCGAGUCGCCGACGGCCAGAACACGCGCAUACCGCAUACAAGGUAUACCUGCAAUACUGUCCUCACUAGCGACUGACGGAUUGAGCGAGCGAGCCGAGGACAAAGCAAUGGGCGGUGGCACUAGCGCCGCCGGGGUGGCGUUGCUCCGCGAUGCCUCGCCGUGGACCCUGCUCGCUGGUGCCGCCGCAGUGGCCAUCUUGUGCUGCGCCGUCCAGAUACUGGAGUGGGCCUGGUGGGCUCCGAGGCGCAUGGACCGGUCCCUGAGGGCCCAGGGCCUCAGGGGCACCCAGUACCGAUUCUUCAGAGGCGACCUUAAGGAGGAACAGCGGCUCAUGGCGGCAGCCUUGUCCAGGCCCGUACCCAUGGACCGGGCCCACGACAUCGUCUCGCGCGUCGCCCCUCUCCUCCACCGUGUCAUGGAAGAGCAUGGUAAACUUUCAUUCACAUGGUUUGGGCCAUGCCCGAGAAUUAUAAUUACUGAUCCUGAGCUGGUCCGAGAAGUUUUGUCAAAUAAAUUUGGCCACUUUGAGAAAACGAAGCUAGCUCGACUUUCGAAGUUGCUUGUCGGGGGACUGGCAGUUCUUGAUGGUGAAAAAUGGAUCAAACAUAGAAGGAUCAUGAAUCCGGCCUUUCAUGCAGAAAAGCUAAAGCGGAUGCUGCCAGCAUUCUCCGCAUCUUGCAGUGAACUAAUUGGUAAAUGGGAAAACUUGUUUGCAGUUUCCCAUGGAGGAAUCCAGCUAGAUGUUUGGUCUGAGUUCCAAAAUUUAUCUGGAGAUGUCAUUUCAAGAGCUGCAUUCGGUGUUAGCCACCAAGAGGGCUGUAGAAUUUUCCUACUCCAAGCCGAGCAAGCUGAACGCCUUGUUCAAUCAUUCUGGACUUGUUACAUCCCUGGCUACUCUCUUUUGCCAACAGAAAACAACAGAAGGAUGAAAGCUAUAAAUAAAGAAAUCAAGGCGAUUCUAAGGGGCAUAAUAGAGAAGAGACAGAAGUCUAUGCAGAGUGGAGAAACUAACGAAGAUGAUCUUCUUGGCUUGCUACUAGAGUCAAAUAUGGAUUAUAGUGAUUCUGAUGGCAAAUUGAGCAAGGGGAUGACUGUUGAAGAUGUGAUUGGUGAAUGUAAACUGUUCUACUUCGCAGGAAUGGAGACAACCGCGGUACUGCUCACAUGGACAGUGGUUGUACUAAGCAUGCACCCGGAGUGGCAGGAUCGUGCCAGGGAGGAGGUUCUGCACGUCUUUGGGCAGAGCAAACCAGAUUUAAAUGGCCUUAACCGCCUAAAAGUUGUUACCAUGAUACUUAAUGAGGUGCUGCGUCUGUACCCACCGGUUGUGCAGAUAAACCGCCGAACGAACAAGAAGAUAGAGCUCAGAGGCGUCAUGUACCCUCAGGGCGUGAUGCUUGCUCUACCCCUCAUUUGCAUCCACCGUGAUCCCAGCGUCUGGGGGAAUGAUGCUGACAAGUUCAACCCUGGGAGGUUCUCUGAGGGCGUGCCCAAGGCCUGCAGGGAAACUGGGGCCUUCUUCCCCUUCAGCUGGGGGCCACGGACCUGCAUCGGCCAGAACUUUGCGCUGCUUGAGGCCAAGGUGGCUAUCAGCAUGAUCCUUCAGCGCUACGUUUUUGAACUCAUGCCAACUUAUGUGCAUGCACCCUACACCGUCCUGGCACUGCACCCGCAGCACACUGUUCCUGUUAGGCUGCACCGGCGAUGAUUGAUAAUCACAUCUAUUUUAGAUGCAUCAGUCUGGUACCAAAGAAAGUAAAUUUGCUGCACAGAGGUGACAGGAUAGAGGGUUAUUAGUGAACUAGUCUUUAUUUACCCAAUGCAGUGUAUCUUGUAGGAUCAUCUACAACAUAAAUGCAUACUCUGCUUAUUUGAGUUCAAAGUAAAUAUUUUGAACUGGA